AUAACCUCUCGAACUAGUUAUUAAAAUAUGAUAGCUUGUUUUAAUCUUUUUAAAUAUGCUCGACGACGGUUAAUAUUUGGUCUUCUUUUUGCCUUUUUAUUUGUUUACUGCAUAUUUUCUUUAUUGCACUUUGAGAAAGGGCUGAUCUUCGGAAAUGACUUUGAUGAUAUAGAUAAUAUAAAUCUUGGUGACAAUAGUAAUGAGAUAUUGAAUAGCGAAGAAGAAGAUGGAGAGCUAAUUAAAUCUUCUGAUAAAUCUUUAUUAUGGCACAUGGAAGUAUUGAAUGAUGGUGGAAAUACAAAAUCAGUAGAACUUGUAAAUGUUGAAAAGUAUGUUAAUAAUGAAACAUCUUUAAGACAGUGUCGAAAUUCAAUUCAGGAUAAAUUUUUAAUUGUCGAUGAAAAAGGUUAUGUAUGUAGUCGGUAUGAACUUUCUAAUGGUUGCUGCAACGCUCAAAUAUUAGAAAAUACCAGUUCUUAUUCAGUGCCCUUAAUAAGAAAUAGAUAUACUUGUAAAACAUGUAAUCCCCAAGGUUGCUGUACAAUUUUUGAAUAUUGUGUAUCAUGUUGUCUUGAUCCAAAAAAGAUUAAGAAGAAAAAAGGUUUAAAUUUUAACCAACUUUAUAAAAAUAAAUUAAAAUUAAAGCAAGGUGAAGACAUCUUGAAGCUACGUCUAAGAAGUCUUGAUCGUUUUCAGUUAUGUUUAGCAGCUUGUCGUACUUCUAGUUUAAGCGUCCAUGAAAAUACAUACAAAAACCCAUAUUAUAAAUAUUGUUAUAUUCUUCAACUAUCCAGUAAUAAU